AUGUCAUUCCAGUCAAUAUCAUACAAUGCAGGUCCCGGUAUUCUGGCACUCAAUUGGACGGCGGCGGCCAUCGCCAUCCUGGUGAUGAUCCUGCGAGUCAUUGCCAAACUCCGCAUUCGACAUUAUGCUGUGAAUGACACGGCUAUGUUAUGUGCGCUGGUACUAGCUCUGGCGGCAUCCAUCAUGAUCACUUUGGCUAUUGCCCAUGGCUACGGGCGACACUUUUGGUCCCUGAGCCAGGCAGAUCAGGUGCUGGCCUUGAAGUAUUACACGGGCUUCCAAUGUCUAUCGAUAAUCGCCACUGGCGCUGGAAGAGCUGCCUUUACGCUUUACCUAUUGAAUAUCCUACGUCAAGAGAGGUAUCUAGGAUGGAUCCUGUGGUUCAUCUUUGCGCUGCAGAUCGUCAUCAAUAGUGUCUCGGUGGUUACCAUCCUUGUGCAGUGUCAGGACGUUGACUCUCUGUGGGAUGUGCAUGUGAGCACGACAUGCUGGGAUCCAAACGUCGAGCGUAUCUACGGCUAUGUACAGUGCUCGAUCAAUACUGCAUCCGAUCUUUUCCUCGCCGUCUUCCCAACCUACACUUUCUGGAGCCUGAGCUUGAAAUUGCGCGUCAAAAUAAGCCUCGUCGUGUUGAUGGGCUUUGGUUUAGUAGCUAUGGUGGCCUCGAUCAUGCGAAUCGUCCACCUGGGUUCUAUCGCUGAGCGUGGCGACCCAACCGCAGUGACGGUGCAACUCACUCGAUGGGCGCUGGCGGAGUGUUACCUGGUUAUCAUCACGGCCUCUAUGCCAUGCAUUCGGUCCCUGGUUAUCGCGUCUGUCCGAAAUAUCUCGAGUGGCAACCGUUCGCGAGUGGUCGGAUCACAAUACAAAAUCAGUCCGCCAAUUCCCAGUCGCGCAGAAUACAGCACCUGGGCGGAUGCACCGCCACCACACAGUCGAGAAUAUAUUCUGAGCAGCUAUCCUAUGGAGCGGGAACGGAUUGGUGGGCGCGCAAUCACCAAACAGGUGGAUAUCACGGUGAUCAGAAAUCGCUCGAGAAGCACGAGGAACGGGUGA